CUAUGAAGCUGAUUCAAAGUGUAAAGCGUCGAAUGGGGACUGAGGAGAAGAAGAGCGACAAUAGCAAUACCACGCCAGCUGAUUCGACUGGAUCCACCACCUUGGCCAACUCACCUAACGGAGAUGAAAGAGCGGUAGUAGCAGGAGGUGGUGGGGCUAACAGUAGCUCUCAAGGAACUAGUAGUAGAGGGCCGCCAGUCAAACAACACUCGGGUUCUAGCAGUGGUGGACAUAAAGUCAAUCAACAUCAUCACCAUCAACAUGCACAGGGCUUCCUUAACUCUACACAAAUGCUAAUAAAACCUGGCCAUUAUAUGUCGGCUGACGUCAAUCCUUUCGAGGAUCUUCCUCCCCUACGAAAUGCACCGGUGGCUGAGAGAAGCGAGCUCUUUCGGAAGAAGGUCCGGGCUUGUGGGGUUGUAUUCGACUUUGGUAACCAACAAACAUAUCUAAAAGAAAAGGAGGCAAAACGACAGACACUGCUCGAGCUCGUCGAAUAUGUGAAUAAUACACGCAACUGCUUCAAUGAGUCAAUCAUGCAAGAUGUGGUUAAUAUGGUAUCGGCGAAUAUCUUCCGGGCGCUUCCACCGGUGCAUGGUCGCAACCCCAACUCGAUAUACGAUCCGGAAGAUGACGAGCCUACGUUGGAGCCUAGCUGGCCUCACCUUCAGAUUGUGUAUGAGUUUUUUCUCCGAUUCGUAGUAUCCAACGAUGUUGACCCAAAAGUUGCCAAGAGGUUCGUAGAUCAGACGUUCGUAUUGAGGCUGAUGGAUCUGUUCGACUCGGAAGACCCCCGAGAGAGGGACUACCUCAAAACGAUACUGCAUAGGAUAUACGGGAAAUUCAUGGCCUUGCGGGCAUUCAUUCGAAAGGCGAUGCAGAACCUGUUCUAUAAGAUCAUCUACGAGAGCGAGUACCAUAAUGGCAUUGAGGAGCUGUUGGAAAUUUUCGGCUCGAUUGUUAACGGUUUUGCCCUUCCGUUGAAGGAGGAGCACAAGCAGUUCUUAGAGAAGAGCCUUAUACCCCUCCAUAAGGUGAAGACGUUGAACUCUUUCCAUCAGCAACUUUCCUAUUGUAUGACUCAGUACGUUGAGAAGGACCCGCGGUUGGCAGAUUCCAUAAUUUUGGGUCUCCUCCGAUUUUGGCCGAUAACGAACACGCCCAAAGAAGUGUUGUUUCUCAAUGAAGUGGAGGUAGUUUUGGAGUUGACGCAACCACCGGAAUUCCAGAAAGUUGAAGUGCCAUUAUUCAGACGGAUAGGGCAAUGUAUUGCAAGUCCGCAUUUCCAGGUCGCUGAACGAGUGCUUUUCUUAUGGAAUAAUGAUUAUAUCGCGAAGCGAAUCAACCAGAACCGGCAGGUUAUAUUCCCGAUUGUCAUUGGACCAUUAUAUAGGAAUUCUGACUCCCAUUGGAACACUACUGUCCACGGUUUGUCGUACAAUGUUAUUAAACUGCUCAUGGAAGCUGAUCCACCAUUUUUUGAUGAGUGCAAUUCGAAAGUCCGGAUCAUCGCGGAACAGUCUCAAAAAGCGAAGGAGAUAGCUGAGGCGAAGUGGGCAUACCUUCAAGCUGAAUACGAUGGCCACAACACGGCACAGGGCAGUUCGACGAAGGCAAAUGUGUAGGAGUAGAAGUGAGCUAUUAUGGAGAUGCGUUGCUUCAACACGUUAAUGGUGUACCUUGCUCUCGCUCAAUACAUUACUUUUUAUUGAGGGCAUAAGUUUCUGUAUACAGCAGACUGCCGUGUGAGGGUCUGCAAUAAUAAUGAUGAUGAAAUGUGCCGAUGGAAAGGCAAUGCGUUUUCUCUUCUCGAUCGUCGAGUGUGUGUGUCUACCGGUAAGAUUGGUACGAGUGUCGUCAAUUGACUUGUUCAACCGCGACCUCUUCUGUUUUCGUCAUCAUUAGCAUCAUCCUUGUUUUGCUCGCGUCUCCGCCCUUCUUCUCCCACCUCUCAUUUGCCUUCUGUACUAUUCCCCUCCUCCUCCUGCUGCUGCUACUACUACUGGCGGUGACCAUCAUACA